AAUAUUAGUACUUCAACCAAAAGAAAAGCAAAAAGAUAUAAUUUUCACAGGAUACUUCCAUAAUAACGCAUUCGAAGAUUUUUAAAUUCAAACUUUUAACAACUUAAACCGUUUCAUUGAACGCUGCCUUCAAAAAGAUUCCUGGCGCGCAAGCCAUUUCCAGCCACUUCCAGUCCAACUGUCAUUCUUGCCUACAAAAAAAAGUGCAACACCAAAAAAAAACCGAACCAAAAACCGAACUAGCCAGCCGAAGCCGAUUUCUUUUUUGUUUAAAAUAAUACACAGUUAAAGCCUGAAGAAGAAGCAGAGGUGAAGGUUUUUUUAUUCUUUUCUUCAACUGAAUUGUGUGUGCCUAGGUGUGGUUUUCAGCCGUUUUUUAAAUUUGCAUAUUAAACUUUUUAAAUCUUGACUUAAAAAACCGAGACAAAAUACAGAAAUCUUUUAACUUAACAACACAAAGUAAAACAAAAAAGAAAAAAAAAUCAACUAACCAUGACAUCAACUGAGCUUAAAAUCGGUCUUACCAACAGUGCCCGUCCAUCAAGCCGUGUUCUCAAGCCACCAGGCGGUGGUCACACCAAUAUAUUCGGCGACGUGGACACCCAAGUUAAUGCACCACGUCCCAAAUACAACCAACAGAACUCUUCCAACAUGAAUGCGUGCAUGAAUUCGGAAGAUCCAAAUAAAGUUGUUGAAAAAAUUCGUGAAGAAUUAACAACUAAAUCGGCACAGGUAGAAAAGCCGUCGUCAGAGCCCAAGAAGUCUCCAACAUCGGAUGUUUCAUCGUCGUCCAAUGACAGUCAACAGUCAAAGGGACGAAUUCCACCUGGUGGAUUCUCAUCGGGAGGAUUUUGGUGAAGGGCUUUGGCUUUUUUCUAAGUCAAGUCGCUUAAUCUUUCAAUUGCAUUUAAAAGCGGUUAUGUCUAAAUUUUUUAAUAAUUAUUGUAUCUUUCGGAAAAUGUCUCUCUCUCGUUUUUAUAAGAUUUCUGUUUGUAGUUGCGCUCAUUUUGAUGUUAGCUUUUAUUCUCUUAAUCUCUGCUUUUAUUUAUUAUAUAAUAAUAUUCUACUUAUUUAAUGUAUUUACAAAACAAAAGAUCAAAAUUCAGUUGUAAUUAUCUGAAAACAAAAUAUGUCCAAAUCAAUCUAAAUAUAUUUCUAAGAUCAUAACAUUCAAAAGCACAUCAUCUAACAAACUAAACAAAACUCAUCAUCUAACGAAUACUAACCAACAGAUUUUUAACUCAACAUUUUAGAUAACAAAAAUUCAAAAAUCUAAGUCCAUAUUCAUGUAAAUUUUAAGGAAAUCAAUAUAUGUAUUAAGAAAAUCGGAAUCAUUUACUUAUAGAUGAGACACGAAAUCCGUUGUCUCAUCCUCUCUCUCUAUAGUCUAUAAUACAAAAUUUUUUGGGAACAACUCAUUGAAA